AGCGCCGCGAGAUUAGCGUGCCCCUGCUAAAUGCUGAGGGUGAACCCGGGCCCGGUCUUUCUGCGCGCCGAGCCGAGGAGUGAGGAUGCCGGGUGUCACGGUGAAGGACGUGAACCAGCAGGAGUUCGUACGGGCCCUGGGAGCCUUUCUGAAGAAGUCUGGGAAACUGAAGGUCCCCGACUGGGUUGACACCGUGAAACUGGGUAAACACAAGGAGCUGGCUCCUUACGACGAGAACUGGUUCUACACCCGAGCUGCUUCCACAGUCCGUCACCUGUACCUGAGGGGCGGCGUUGGCGUGGGGGCCAUGACCAAGAUCUACGGGGGCCGCCAGCGCAACGGCGUGAAGCCCAGCCACUUCAGCCGUGGCUCCAAGUCCGUCGCAAGGAAAGUGCUACAGGCACUCGAGGGGUUGAAGAUGGUGGAAAAAGAUCCCAAUGGGGGUCGGAGGCUGACUCCACAGGGACAGAGAGACCUGGAUCGGAUCGCUGGGCAGGUUGCAGCAGCCAGCAAGAAGCAUUGAGAGAUCUGUAUGUCAUACUUAAAAGAAAAAUAAAAUCCUUCAGCUCAA